GUCAAAUCCCUCGUUGACUGCUCCCCUCUCCUCCUUUUUUUUCUCUCUCGUAAUUAAUUAAUUAAUUAAAUCUUAAUCACAGACAACGCCGCUUAUAAAUACAACCCCCCCUCCAUUUCCUCUCAAUCACACACUUGCUUCAUCGUCUGAAUCUGAUACUUCGUUAUUUUGUUUGGCUCGCCGGAAAAGCAGAAAUGGCUCUUAAGGAGAAACUUGGCGUUAAAAGGGGAAGUAAGAUUGCGAACCCUUGUGGCAAUGAGAAGGAGGUGCAUUAUAGGGGCGUGAGGAAGAGGCCGUGGGGCCGAUACGCCGCCGAAAUCCGCGACCCAGGCAAGAAGAGCCGCGUCUGGCUCGGGACCUUCGACACGGCCGAGGAGGCGGCGCGUGCCUACGACACUGCCGCCAGAGAAUUCCGCGGCGCCAAGGCCAAGACCAACUUCCCUCUGCCGAACGAGGAAUCACCCAUUAACCGGAGCCCGAGCCAGAGCAGCACGGUGGAGUCGUCAAGCCCGGAUGGGCCGGCGCGUGACACCACGCGCCCCCGUGAAACCGGCGGUGGUGUUGAGAGUGGUUUUGCUCCUGUGGGUCGUUUUCCGUUUCUCAAUCAGCAGGCGUACGUGGUGGCGGGAUAUCCUCACGCGCGCCCGGUUUUGUUUUUUGACGGGGUUGGGAUGCCUGGGUAUGUGAGUCAGAGCUACCCGGUCCGGUUCGACGCGGGUCCGGCCGAGUUCAACUCCUGUGGGGUCCAGAGCGACUCGGACUCAUCAUCGAUCGUCGAUUGCAAGCCGAGAAGGGAACAUCUUAAUCUUAAUCUUGAUCUUAACCUUGCUCCCCCAAUGGACGCUUGAUAUUGCACCAAUUUUGUGAUAAUUGCAAGCAAAGUAGUGUUUUUUAAUUGGAGAGAGAUGGAUUUAUGUGGAAGUUCAUCCUUCUAUGUAAAUAAAUUACUUAGGAAUUUAGUGUUGGCCAAAGCCUAGAUGUGUUUUUGUUUUUUUGUUUCUUCUUCUGUUUCUCUUUAACAAAGGGAAACUAUCACAUUAAUCUCUCCAUAUGUUGUAACCUCUCAUUUUACUAACUUCUUAGUAUUAAAAAAAUUUAUUUCUUCUUGAUAA